ACAGGAAAAAAGGGAUGAUUCCAUUGCCAUCGGUCGCGUGUACGGUUUCCCGUGUGUGAUUUAAGUUUUUUAACAUCGAAAAAAUGCUUGUUCCCCAAACAGAGUGAUAAUGUGUUUUAUUGAGUGAUUUCCAAAUCGCGUUCGCGUGAAAAAAGGCCUUAAUUUGCCCGGUGGAGAUUUUUUGUUUCUGUUGGUUUUAGUUUCACAGUAGUUAAUGCUAGUGUUUGUGUGCAGAAAACGAAUAUCAUAUUUGAAUGAUUGGCCCUAGUAAAAUCAAGGAGAAUUUAUUAAUAAAAUGUUGUGAAAACUCUCCCGUGAAAAGUAUGCAACACUUAGCAUAUGAAGUUAGAGGAAAAUCGUUAUCUGAUGCCUUUGAGGACCGUGAAGUGCAGCAUCAGUGCUAUCAACUUGCUGAAAGUGUGUUGUGAUCGGAACACGACGACUACCGACGAAUAAUCGAGAAGAGAAUGUAAAUAUGGCUGGCAGUGGCCCACAGCAAGGAAUAGCAGCAAGUCCUGUUGGCUCUGACGGGAAAAUCAGCGGCGGCCGCUAUGACUUUGAGGAUGGCGGUACAUUUUGCGGUGGAUGGGAGGAUAAUAAAGCGCACGGUCAUGGUGUUUGUACGGGUCCAAAGAAUCAAGGUGCCUACUUUGGUGCUUGGCAUUACGGCUUUGAAGUUUCGGGAAUAUAUACUUGGCCUAGUGGAUCAUCGUAUGAAGGACACUGGCAAAACGGAAAAAGACAUGGCCUUGGCGUUGAAACCCGAGGCAGAUGGAUUUACAGAGGCGAGUGGACGCAAGGGUUUAAGGGACGCUACGGUGUUCGACAAAGCGUAUCAUCAACAGCCAGAUACGAAGGUACAUGGGCCAAUGGUUUGCAGGACGGCUACGGAUCAGAAACAUAUGCAGAUGGAGGAAGCUACCAAGGCCAAUGGUUACGCGGCAUGCGACAUGGCUAUGGUGUGCGCACUUCGGCUCCUUUUGGCAUGGCUGCUCGGUUUAGAACCAAGUCUAUCCGAGCAUCGAUGACAUCCUUGAGAAGCAAUGAAGGUGGCAAUAAUCAGGCUCCAGCGCCGGAUCCUGCCGAGAAAAGAAAUCAUAGAAUAGACGAUGCCCGGGGUGGAUUUGUGUUGAAGGCAAAAUCGGACGAACCGCCUGCGAGGCGAAAUAGUCUGGUGGAGAAAACGAAGAAAGGAUUGUUAUCGGGUCUAAAAAUCAGGAAACAACGUAGCACAGGUGACUUAGAAAAACGAGGUACUGGAUCCGGUAGUAUACGAUCGACGGCAUCGAUAACAUCAUGGCUUAGUACAGAAUCAUCACAAUCAGGAAUGACCAACAAAUCAGUACACACAGAUUCCAAUGCCAGUUUUAUCGUGGAAGAUGAGCAGUUAGACGGUAGUGUAAUUGAAACUUAUAUGGGUGAAUGGAAGAAUGACAAGCGUUCGGGUUAUGGUAUAUCUGAGCGAAGCGAUGGAUUAAAGUAUGAAGGUGAAUGGAUUAGUAAUAAAAAGAGCGGUUAUGGUGUUACCACUUUUAAGGAUGGCACAAAAGAGGAAGGAAAAUACAAGAAUAACGUACUAAUAACUAGCCAGAAGAAGAAACACUUGUUUCUUAUCCGGUCUGCCAAAUUUAGAGAAAGAAUAGACGCUGCCGUUGAUUCUGCGCAGCGAGCUUCAAAAUAUGCGUUACAGAAGGCAGAUAUUGCCGUUUCUCGGACAGCCACAGCACGCGGUAAAGCGGAACUAGCGGAUGUAGCUGCGGACCACGCAAGAAUGGAUUCCGAUUUGGCCAUUCAAAUGGCCAGAGAGUUCGCUCCAGACUUUAAGCCACAACUGCUGGAACGUUUCGAACGGUUGAAACGGGAUCGAAUCAAACCGGCAAUGGAUUACACUGUCAAACAACCGCCUUCAGUGAUUCCCAAAGCAUCUGCUGGCGAUAGUUUGAUGAAACCAAAUUCUUACGGUCAUACAACAAACGAAGCAUCUCAUCUACAGUCGCAGCCUCCCAAAUACAACGACGUGUCGAGCAAUGUUUACCAACAGGGUGGAUACAACAACAACGCGCAGCAACAACAGCAAAUGUCGAACAUGAACAUGCAGCGAACUGCAGCUCGGAAAAUGUCUCAGGCGUUUGAUCGGAAUGCUCAGCAAAACUAUGGGAACAUGUCUGGCCUCACAAACGACAUACAAAACGCGUACACGAGUUCGUACACACAAAUGCAGCAUGCAUCCCCAGUUGAUGAUACUGUUCACGACAUGGCUCAACUGAGUCAUCAGCAAACGUUAGAGUCAAACUAUAUCAACAGACAAAGUCAUCACCAACCCGACGUAGAUCGUUAUCAAAAAGAUAACCUAGCUCGUCGAAAUUCCAGUCAAAUUGCUGCAAAUGCACCCCAAUCGAACCAAAUAGUUAAUCAAACGUCUAUAGAUUAUUUCGACCACUACAAACGACCACCUAGUAGGGAUGGUUCAGUCGAUCGCUAUUCAAGAGCCGCCAGUAGACUAGGUGGAACACAAUCCAGACAAUCGUCAAUAGAUAGAUCCGGUCCUUAUGUAGCUAAUCAAGGUGAAACUGUGCCUGAACGUUCAGUGCGAGCUGGUUCGCAAGUGCGAGGGAUGACCCCGAUGAGAAACGUUACAAACGUGAACAACUCUUCGGUGCCCACCGGCAACGGAAUUGGGCAGUUGCCCAUGUCCAGAGGAAAUACCCCGAUGCGCCAGCAAGCAAGUGAUCUUGCCUUUUCUAAUAAUCAAAAACCAUUCGAAGAUGUCCUGUUGAGACAACGGACGCUCGGACAAGACAUUAUUCCUUCCCCAUCUCAACCAAAACGAACUGAGAGCCUUUAUUUGGCAAAGCCACUUGGUGGUACGAAUGGGCCUGCCACAGGCAAUAGCGCAGUCCAAAAUAUGGGAACACGAGUAUCCGGUGGCGGUGGCGGAGGUGGUGGUGGUGGUGGCAUGUCGAGGGCAGCAAGGUCCAUUCCGGUAAACACGACUCUCCAGCGAAAGAAGUCGUUGCCAGAUGUUCAGCAGCUUCCGUUCACCACAAAUACGAUGAGUAGAGAAGAAGUAUCGCUGUUGGGAUCGGCCCGGAGAGAGGAGGUUCGGCGGCAGAUUGACGAGUCAGAGCGCCUCAAAGCAAACCCGUUACUGUAUCUUGUCAGUCCAAAAGUGAAGGAUUGGUUCUCACGACAGCAGCUCGUAAUGUUAGUGCUAAUAAUUAACAUAGCUUUGGCGAUAAUGUUCUUCAAAAUGCUGACAUAGCGCCAACUUUAUUCACACAGUUCUGAACAACUUAGAUCACACAGUUCUGAACAACUCUCUACUACCGUUAAAGCAGCACGCGGAAAAAACAAAGAUGAUAUUUAAGCGAACAUUAUGGGAUAACACUAAUAACUUGCUAAACCAGUACUGAUACACUUCUCUACUUUGGAUUCAUGUUUUGCUGAGUGGCCAUCAAUCAUCACUUUGCUGUCCAGGAAAUUGAUUUGUAGAAAUAAAUAAAUAAAUACAUCUCCAUGUG